CCAACACGGAAGUGCUUAGCAGACAGGAAGUAAAGACCUCAAGUCACUAAGCUUCUACAUGCCAUGAUGUCGACUCGUGUGCUUUUGUUUUUCUGUCUGUUUGGUCAAAUACUGGCUAAAGAAUCUCCUGAUGUGGAGUGUUUAGUGAUUAACCUGGAAUCUCUGCGUUGUAUGUGGAACCUGCAGGGGACUCCACAAGUCAACUACACCUUUUAUAGCAGGUCCAGAAAUCUGGGAGGAACUAUCUGUGCUGAAUACCUGUCUGAGAAUGGAACAAGAAUAGGAUGUACACUUCCCUACAUCACACAGCAGAGAUUCGACUCAUUUUAUACUAAACUGUGGGACGGCAACAAGGCCGACCCACCUCUAGAUCGUGUUCCAGAGGUAAAACAUGAUCUUAAAGGAAAAGUGAAAUUAAACCCACCAACCAACCUGACAGUAAUGAAUGGAUCCGACCUGAACCUGUGGUUUUACUGGAACCAGACUAUAACAUAUUGUGUGGAGAGUGAAGUCAGAAUUAGGAAAAACAACAACAGCUGGGAGGUUUCACCAAUUUAUAGUGGGCCGCAGAGUUAUUGCCAAAACUUACCCUCCAGCACUGCCAGAUAUGAGCUGCAGGUCAGGAUCAGGUUCAACAACUUCUGUGGGCAGUCUGAGUUCUGGAGUGACUGGAGUGACCCUGUGGUCUGGGGAUUCAAUAACACCACAGUAUCAAAUAUUAAAAAUGAGGCAAUGCCAGUGUGGACAGCAGUGCUGUAUGUGGUGAGUGCCAUCACCCUCAUUCUUCUGGUUGUGAUCCUACUGCACAAUGAACGAAUCAAAAUCAUCCUGAUUCCUCCACUUCCCAAACCAGCUCUGAACUCUCCUGAUGUCGAGGAUUGGUUUCAUUUCUCUAAAGGCCUUAUUAAAGAAAGGUUUAACACCAACUUCAAUGAGCGAGCCUGCACCGUGCGUGAGUACCAGCCAGUCUCUCGGUCUGACAGCAAUGGCUCUGACAGCUCUCGCCUCACCACCACCACGGAUCAAACCGACUGCUCUAUCCCCAUCACAGUGAACGAACCAGAGGACACGUCUGCUCCUUUUUACACCACCGUAAUUGGUUCGGAAGAGGAGCAGCAGGUUUCUGUGUAAAUGUCACCUCAGGCAAAUUUACAUGUCUCAAAGUAAAAAAAAAAAAUCCUUCUUUUUAUUUUGCGACAGAUCUCCUGGGUUACUGGAGGAAUAU